GUGUCGCGGUGAUGCUGAGUUGAACAGCGCAUUUCCGUUACUCCACCUGCAGUCGGAGCGCGAGACGAGCCAGAACGCGACUCUCUUUCCAUCUCUUUCACAAAUCUUAACGGAGGAAUUACCGGCGGUUAGAGAGGAACUGCUUGAGUCGGUGCCGAAAAUGAAAGUCGGCUUCGUUCUUCCUCUGGCGUGCGCUUUAGCCCUGAAAAGCUCACUGGACACUGCUGGAAGUCUGACUGUGGAUCCAUGUAGACUCGGAUUCUCCCAGAACUUCUACACUGUGUUUAUCCCACAGGAACGGCUGCAGGGUCACACCGUUGUCAAAGGCACCAUGCUGUCAUCAGGUCAAGUGAAGUUCGAGGCUUGUCAUACGAACGAGCGGAUCAGCUUCGAGAGCAGUGACCCCAAAUUCGGCGUCCGUCCGGACGGCUCUGUGUACGCCGAGCGAGACGUGAUGCACCUGUCCGAGCCUGUACGGUUCGUGGUGACGGCUCAGGGAAGCAAAGACAUGCCGAGCUGGAAGACGAUUAUUAAACUGGUAAUCACCAGACACCCACGUCCUCCCCUCAUAAACCAGGGGAAUGCUGGAGGCCCGACGGUGGAUCCAUGCAGACCCGGAUUCUCCCAGAACUUCUACACCGUCUUUAUCCCACGGGAGCAGCUGCAGGGCCAGAGCAUUGUCAAAGGCACCCUGCUGUCGUCUGCUCGAGUGAAGUUCGAGGCUUGUCAUCUGAACGAGCGGAUCAGCUUCGAGAGCAGCGACCCCAAAUUCGGCGUCCGUCCAGACGGAUCUCUGUACGCAGAGCAAGACGUGAUGAACCUGUCCGAGCCUAUCCAGUUCAUGGUGACGGCUCAGGGGAGCAAAGACACGCAGAUUUGGGAGACGACGGUUAAACUGGCCAUCGCCGGACACCCACUUCCUCCACUCAUAAACCAGAUUGGUGAUGAAACUGGUUACCACUCAAGAUCCCACCACAGUCACUACUCCAAUCCCAGAGUCAUCAUGUUCCCACGUCGACACCAACGAGGCUCCUCCACCAAUGGGCUGCGCCGUCAGAAGAGAGACUGGGUCAUUCCUCCCAUCAAUGUGCCCGAGAACUCUAGAGGACCCUUUCCACAAAUGCUCGUCAGGAUCCGCUCGGACCAGGAUAAAGAGAUUGAAAUCCGGUACAGCAUAACGGGAGCCGGUGCUGAUCAGCCACCCAGUGAUGUCUACAUCAUAGACCCCAUCACCGGGAAAAUGUCCGUCACCAAGCCGCUGGACAGAGAAGACCGAGCCUCCUACCAUCUGAGAGCUCAUGCAGUGGACGUUAACGGAAAUCAGAUGGAGCCUCCGAUUGAUCUGUACAUUUACGUCAUCGAUAUGAAUGACAACAGACCUGAGUUUCAGAACCAGGUCUAUAAUGGAUCGGUUCCCGAGGUCUCCAAACCAGGCACGUCAGUGAUGCGCGUGACUGCGAUCGACGCUGACGACAGCACGAUGCCCAAUGGCCUGGUGCACUACAGGAUCCUGAACCAGAGUCCACACAUCCCCAUUCCCAACAUGUUUACCAUCAACGGAGCUACAGGCGAGAUCAGCACCAUCGCAGCAGGCCUGGACAGAGAGAAAGUGUCUCAGUACACGCUGAUCGUGCAGGCCACAGACAUGGAGGGCAGCCUGAACUUCGGCCUCUCCAACACGGCGACGGCUCUCAUCACCGUCACCGACAUCAACGACAACCCUCCAGAGCUCGACGCCAAAACGUUCCUAGGCGAGGUGCCGGAGAAUGCAGUGGGUGUAGUGGUGGCCAACCUGACCGUGCGAGACAGAGACCAGCCUCACACACCCAACUGGAACGCAGUUUACAGGAUAGUGGGCGGAGACUCCAUGGGUCACUUCACCAUCCGCACUGAUGAACUCACCAAUGAUGGCAGAGUCACAGUAGUCAAGCCAGUGGACUAUGAAAGGAAUGGCGCCUUCAUGUUGACCGUGGUGGUAUCUAAUCAGGCCCAUCUGGCCAGUGGCAUCCCGUCGUCUCUCUCGUCCACGGCGGGCGUCACCAUCUCGGUACUGGAUGUGAACGAGGCUCCCGUCUUCCCCUCCAACCCCAAAGUAAUCCGUUUUGAGGAGGGAGUUCCUGCCGAUACCACGCUCACCAUAUUCGCUGCUCAGGAUCCAGACCGCUUUAUUCAACAGACUGUCAGGUACUCUAAGCUGUCCGAUCCUGGAAACUGGCUCCGAAUCAACAGGACAAAUGGCCAGAUCAUGACGACAGCCAUACUGGACCGGGAAUCGCCUUACGUGAAAAAUAACGUGUAUGAAGCGAGUUUUCUGGCUGUAGAUAACGGGUCUCCUCCUGCGACAGGAACAGGCACUCUGCAGAUCUAUCUGAUAGAUGUAAAUGAUAAUGUACCAGUGCUGGUGCCCAGAGAGUCCCAGCUGUGCGAGAGGUCACGGCCCAGCUCCAGGAUCAACAUCACGGCUUCGGAUGCUGAUGUCGAGCCCAAUGCCGGUCCAUAUGUCUUCGAGCUACCCUCGUUCCCUCCCUCUGUUCGCCGCAACUGGACCAUCUCACGUCUGAAUGGUGAAUACGCUCAGCUCAGGCUGAGAAUUCCAUACCUGGAAGCAGGUGUGUAUCGUGUGCCCAUCCUGGUCUCAGACUCAGGCAACCCUCCCUUAACAAACCGCUCCAUCAUCAGGGUGAAGGUGUGUCCCUGUGAUGAGCAUGGAGAUUGUACUUCACUUGGAGCAGUGGCAUCUGCAAGCCUGGGCACGGGCGCCAUCAUCGCCAUCCUCAUCUGUAUCAUUAUCCUGCUCAGCAUGGUGCUGUUUUUUGUGGUGUGGAUGAAGCGCAGAGAGAAGGAGCGCCAGGCCAAACCUCUUCUCAUUGACCCGGAGGAUGACGUUAGGGACAACAUAUUGAAAUAUGAUGAGGAGGGAGGAGGAGAGGAAGAUCAGGACUAUGACCUGAGCCAGCUGCAGCAGCCAGAGACUCUUGAGCACAUCAUGAGCAAGCCAGGGGGAGUGAGGAGAGUUGACGAGAGGCCAGUCAUCCCGGAGUCCCAGUACCCAAUACGGCCCAGCAUACCUCAUCCUGAAGACAUUGGAGAGUUUAUCACUGAUGGGCUGCGAGCAGCGGAUAAUGACCCGACGGCUCCACCAUACGACUCUCUACUCGUGUUUGAUUAUGAGGGCAGUGGCUCGACAGCUGGCUCGGUCAGCUCGCUCGACUCUUCCAGUUCAGAAGAGCAAGACUAUGACUACCUCAACGACUGGGGGCCGCGCUUUAAAAAACUGGCCGACCUCUACGGCGGUGGGGACGACUGAGGGUGGAGCUCCAGGGAUGAGAGAGGGGCCAAGGGGAGGAGCCCGCAGGAGCAAGUCAGCAUCUCGGUUCGUUUCACCGAAGAGCCAUAGGAGCCUGAGCAUUCCUGCACAAGACACUCUGUAAUGCGGAGGGAGUUUUUUUUUAAAAAAAAGGGACCAUUGCUGCUUUGUGCAAGUGUGUUUCUCUCCGUCUUUUUUUCCCCCUAUGCGCUGGCAAGUUCGUCAUCGUGAAUUUUGCUUUGGCUGUCUGGAGAGUUGCGACAGCCCUGGUACAAGAGACUAAGUACUU